CGCCUCAGCACUUUCCUCGGGAGCCGAGCGGGUGCGCGCCGCGCAGACAAAAGCCAGCAAGUAGCGAGCGAGAGACGCGAGGAGGGGCUGGCCGGGAAAGAGGAGCCGCUCAGCCACGUUCCCCGCACACACGCGCGCCCGCCCUGCACUCAUCCAUCUUGAAGGGGCUCGCCUGCUGCUGCUGUCGCCGCUGCUGCCGCGCCCCUCUCCGGGACUUGCGCCUGGUUUCGCUCGUAGGGCAUGCCCUCGCGCCUCCUUCGCCAAUGUUUCACUGGAGCAAGUGGAAGAAAAGGAUGGGAGGCAGCAUGUCGUCCUCGUCUUCCAAGAGACCCGUCUUCGACGAGAAGGAGGAUGUGAACUUUGAUCACUUUCAGAUUCUCCGAGCAAUUGGGAAGGGAAGUUUUGGCAAGGUGUGCAUCGUACAAAAGAGGGAUACAGAAAAGAUGUAUGCUAUGAAGUACAUGAACAAACAGCAAUGCAUUGAAAGAGAUGAGGUUCGGAAUGUGUUCCGAGAACUAGAGAUCUUGCAGGAAAUUGAGCAUGUCUUCUUGGUGAAUCUCUGGUACUCUUUUCAGGAUGAAGAAGACAUGUUUAUGGUAGUAGAUUUACUCCUGGGUGGUGACCUUCGUUAUCAUCUCCAGCAAAACGUGCAGUUUACAGAGGAAACGGUGAAACUCUAUAUCUGUGAGAUGGCUUCAGCCUUAGAUUAUUUACGCAGUCAGCAUAUUAUACACAGAGACGUUAAACCAGACAACAUUCUCCUUGAUGAACAAGGCCAUGCACACCUAACAGAUUUUAAUAUCGCAACAAUCGUCCACGAUGGUGAAAGAGCAACUGCUUUAGCCGGGACAAAGCCUUACAUGGCUCCAGAAGUAUUUCAUUCUUUUCUGAAUGGUGGAACUGGUUAUUCCUUUGAAGUUGACUGGUGGUCACUGGGAGUGAUGGCAUAUGAGCUCCUUCGUGGAUGGAGGCCUUAUGACAUCCAUUCCAAUAGUCCUGUAGAAUCCUUGGUUCAGUUGUUCAGCACUGUGAGCGUCCAGUACAUGACAACAUGGUCAAAAGACAUGGUGGCAUUAUUAAGGAAGCUUUUGACGGUGAACCCUGAGCAUCGCUUUUCUAGCUUAGCUGACAUCCAGACUUCCUCUUACUUAUCCAGCGUGGACUGGGAGGAGAUCUGUGAGAAGAAAGUGGAGCCGGGCUUUGUUCCUAAUAAAGGCCGCCUGCACUGCGACCCCACCUUUGAGCUAGAAGAGAUGAUCUUGGAGUCAAGGCCGUUGCACAAGAAGAAGAAGAGACUGGCAAAGAAUAAAUCCCGGGAUAAUAGCAAGGACAGCUCACAAUCGGAAAAUGAUUACCUCCAGGACUGCCUUGAAGCAAUUCAGCAAGACUUUGUCAUUUUUAACAGAGAGAAGCUGAAGCGGAGCCAGGAUCAAAUGAACAAGUCGAUUUCUCCCCCCGAAACCACUGACGAAGCUGAAACAGAAACAGAGUCUGAAAAUUCCAACCUGAAUAUGUGUAGCUCAGUAUGUUCUUCCACUGGCAGCAGCUAGGACUACAGGGACAAGGCAAAAGGGGCCAGGAGCUUGUGUGUCUCUUGAAUAAAUCAUUCUCAGGUUGCACUGACAAACAGACAACAGUACACUGAGUACUUUAGUUAAGAAACCAGAAGAGGAGUCACAAAAAUCAACACUGUAGAGCCGUAGCAGAGGCAGCUACUUCUUACAGAACUGUGUUCGUGGAUCAAAGUGAUUGCCAGACGCCUGCUAUGAGGAAAGAUACUUUGCUAUGCAGCAUUCCGGCAAACACAGGGCCAUUUCCUUUGUUUUCUUUUCACAGGGGCGGAAAGCUUUCCGACAUAUAUUUUCAGGUGUUGGGGUCAAAAAGUCUGACUUAGGUCCAAGGUAUUACAGAACAAGACUGCACAAAGUGGGAUAGGAGGACAAGGGGAGAUGGGGAAAAUGGUUGUAAACCAGCCAUUGCUGCACUGCCCUUGUGCCCCAACUAAACUAAUGCAAAAUAGCCUCUCUGUAUUUUCAGAGCCUCUGAGGCUCUUACAGAACAGGGUAGCCACAAGUAGUGUGAAGGGACUGAACUCAAUGGAUAACAUCUAUGGUGACCUCUUGGCUCUACUUGGUUUCUACUGAGCCUGGUCUCAUAGAUGCUUCUCAAGGUGUCAGGAUACUCCAAGCUAGGGGCACAAAAUGCACCAGCUGGAAUUUUCAAAGGGUGUGGUACAAAGCAGGGCGUUGCUCUAAAUAUACUGGAUCUUUUCACAUAGCUCUCCUUACUUACAAGGAGCUCAUAGGCUAUAAGCAGAUAAAUCAAGGUUAGUGUUGCUUCGUUUGUCCCUGCAAAGGAGCAGGGCACUACUUGGGUGGGAGGCAGAGAUGAGAGCUAUAAAACAGUGCAGAGGAAGUGAUGCCUCAUUGCACCCUUCUGCUGACAUGGUUCAAAGUGUAAAUUUAAAGUACUGUAUAUAACUUCCUGACCUCUGUCUUCAUCUGUAGAGGACAGGAAAACUCUGAUGUUUGCUCCAGCUGUGGAUAUUGCCUUUUUAAUUGUUUCCAAAGCCUUUUUUUUCUAUGACAGGCUUCAUGGUGUCGUCUACUGCAUAGUGGCUUAAAGUGACUACAAAAAAUCCACCUGUAGCCCUUGGUUCCAGGAGAUCGAAUCUUCGUGCUGUACAGAAACCUCAUACCUGUUUUACUCCACCUGUUUGUUAGCCUGUGUCUAAGAGAUUGCCCUGUUUGCAUCCUGAUUGUAUUUUUCUGAAGGGAGGUGAACUUUGCAUGCUUUCAAGUUGGAAGAGCUCUUUUCUACUGUCUUAACGAGGUGCUUGCCAGAGGCCAAUAUGCCAGGGACCAAACUGCAGCCCUCUGGCUGGAGGCAUCUAUCCAGCCUUCAUAGCGAAGCUGCUGCCAUCUCUGAAGCUGUGCUGGCACGUUCCUUUAUAUUCUAUGCUGCCGGAGACCAGUGAUAGCCUGGUGCUCACCACCUCUUUCCACAGGUGCAGCAUAUGAUAUAUUUGUCGUUGAUCUGAAUUUCCAUAAGCACAGUGUGCCGUAACAGUGCAAUCCCCAGCAAAGUCCCAACCUCAGGUUCAGUAGACACAGGAAGCUGUGACUCUGCUUAGGAUUGCACAGCAUAUGACAUGACCAGUAUGUAGGAAUUUUAUAUGGGUGCCUGCCAAAAAAACACGCUUCCCUUUCCGCAGUUUUAUGUGGAGGCCAGGAGGCAAUACAAAUGUACACAAAUCAGAAUGUCAUAAGCUCCCCCACCAAACAAACAGGUCAAGUUCCUUUUUGGCACAGUGGGUGUGGGUGUAUACAAAAGCCAAAGCUUUUUUCUCAUGGCUUCUGGAUAUAUGGCAUGUCCUUUCUGCAGCUGAAAGUGUAGAAACUGCACUAGGUCUUGGCAAUGUUGCAAGUGUCCUUAUCUCACAGAGGUCUGUUGAAGAGCCGCUCUCUCUGCCCUAAGUCUUGCUGUACCAGGUUAGGCUGCAUUCCUCCACCUGCUUUCCCAGUACAAUGCCACAGCAUGUGAUGUUAUGCUGGCCACACAAGAAUAUCUUGCCAGAGGUAUAGCCAAACAUACCAGCAGAAAUGUUCAUAUUCAAAGAGCCAGCACUGUUACAGAACAUUGUGUGCAGCUGUGUUAGCACAGCAUGAAAUGUACCCCAUCCCAUAAAAUUGAAGUAUGGGUGGCAGUUGUAUGUUUGAUUGGACUGAAACACCUCAUUGGGAACGAUAAAUUUAUCAGUCAGAGAUGAAGAGUGUGCUUGGGGAAGCAAACAUUAUGAUAAAUGUUCUCCCUUGAUUUAGGAAAAAAACCACUGCUAGUUCAUUAAAAAGUAAUUGACACCGAA